AUGGCUGACGUCCGAUCGCUACUACGCAACGAACUAGCUUCGCGCAAGGGCACAUCCCAACCAAACACGACAGGAAACCGUGUCACGAAAAAGCGCAAAGUUGACAGCGGAGACGGCGUUGUCCGAAAGAAGCUACGUGGGGGUGAAUUGGAUGCGUUUCAGUCUGCAUCUGACGCCCCAAGCGCCGGACAUAGCACAGCGGACGAAGGCUCAGAGCAAAUUGACGAUGAUGUUGCGGGCCCAGAACUUCCACAUGAUGCCGACCAAGAAGUUGUCGAACCAGUCACAGAACUUACUCAGCCGACAACCCCAGUCCCGCCACAAAACCAACCUAUGGCUGUAGACGAAGAUGAAUGGGCCGCAUUCGAACGCGAAGUGGCCGAGCCAUCUCGUACACAUCAUGCACCGGCUGCCCUAGCGGCGGAAGCCACGAUUUCGGCUGCACCGAUAACUGCUGCAGAACUCGCCGCACAGCAGGAACAAGCGAAGGCAUCGACAACCCGCACCCGCGAGGCAGAGUUGGAGGGGGAGCGAGAGGAUGCGGCGCGACUCAUGGAAGAAGAGUUUGAUGAGAUGGAGCAGUUGGAGGAGCGCGUCCGAAGACUCAAGCAACAACGCGAGGCGCUACGUCAAACCCGUGCCGAAGAACAGAUACCAGCUGAACCGGUAUCUGAUGUUGGGGAGGCGGAUGCUGCUGAGAGUGAGAGCGAAGAUGAUGACGAGGAAUGGGAUGAUUGGAGAUUCAAGUGA